GCGGUCGGGCGGGCGCGCGGCGGUUGCUGGCCCUUGCCAGAGCUCCGCGCCGGCCUCCUCGGGCCUCCCCGCCAGCCUCGCGGCCAGGCAGCCGCAGGUACUCCACGCCCGGGCGCCGCGCAGGGGCGGCGGGGACCCCAGCCACUGGCGACCGUCCCCCAGGAGGGGUCACUGGGAGCCCUGGCUGUGGCCAGGGGGCAGUGGGCCAUGCCGGGGGCAGUGGAAGGCCCCAGCUGGAAGCAGGUGGAGGACAUUAGGGACAUUUAUGACUUCCGAGAUGUUCUGGGCACGGGGGCCUUCUCAGAGGUCAUCCUGGCAGAAGAUAAGCAGACGCGGAAGCUGGUGGCCAUCAAAUGCAUUGCCAAGAAGGCCCUGGAGGGCAAGGAGGGCAGCAUGGAGAACGAGAUUGCUGUCCUGCACAAGAUCAAGCACCCCAACAUUGUAGCCCUGGAUGAUAUCUAUGAGAGUGGGGGCCACCUCUACCUCAUCAUGCAGCUGGUGUCGGGCGGGGAGCUGUUCGACCGCAUCGUGGAAAAAGGCUUCUACACAGAGCGGGAUGCCAGCCGCCUCAUCUUCCAAGUGCUGGAUGCUGUCAAGUACCUGCAUGACCUGGGCAUCGUACACCGGGACCUCAAGCCAGAGAACCUGCUGUACUACAGCCUGGAUGAAGACUCCAAGAUCAUGAUCUCCGACUUUGGCCUCUCCAAGAUGGAGGACCCAGGCAGUGUGCUCUCCACCGCCUGUGGGACCCCAGGAUACGUGGCCCCUGAAGUCUUGGCCCAGAAGCCCUACAGCAAGGCCGUGGAUUGCUGGUCCAUUGGAGUCAUUGCCUACAUCCUGCUCUGCGGCUACCCCCCCUUCUAUGACGAGAAUGAUGCCAAACUCUUUGAACAGAUUUUGAAGGCUGAGUAUGAGUUUGACUCUCCUUACUGGGACGACAUCUCUGACUCUGCCAAAGACUUCAUCCAGCAUUUGAUGGAGAAGGAUCCAGAGAAGAGGUUCACCUGUGAGCAGGCCUUGCAGCACCCAUGGAUUGCAGGAGAUACGGCUCUCGAUAAGAACAUCCACCAGUCAGUGAGUGAGCAGAUCAAGAAGAACUUCGCCAAGAGCAAGUGGAAGCAAGCCUUCAACGCCACAGCUGUGGUACGGCACAUGAGGAAGCUGCAGCUGGGCACCAGCCAGGAGGGGCAGGGACAGACGGCGAGCCACGGGGAGCUGCUGACGCCAGCAGCUGGGGGUGAGGAGCGUGGCGCUCUAGAAGGGCACGGGUGGUCCACGAACAGGCGCCAGGCUGGAGUGGAGGGUCUGCCCCGACGGCCAACCCUGUUCUCUUUCUAUGCAGGGCCGGCAGCUGGCUGCUGCUGUCGAGACUGCUGUGUGGAGCCGGGCCCAGAACUGCCCCCCUCACUGCCCCCCCAGCUCUAGAGCCCUGGAUUUAGGGUCAGGAACCCCUGCAUCGGAGGGGUUGGGGCCAGCCUGCUCCCCUUCCCUCUCUGAACUCGGGAGUUUCCCUGCCCCGUCCCCUCCUCACCCCCCUUCCCUACCACUGCUCAGUGCAUUUUCCAUACAAAUGUUUCUAUUUUAUUGUUCCUUCUUAUAAUAAAGGGAAGAAGAUAAAACCA